AUGGAAAACACUUCAGAUCCAAAUAAGCAGCUGAAAUAUUGGAUAUGCCGAAAAUCAAGCUCAUCUUUGCUGGGAAAAGCUGGCCAUCCUGACCUUGACAUCACAGAUGGUGGUACUAGCAUUGCAUACCCAACCAAAAAGUACAUAGCAAGAAACACCGAAUGA